AUGGAACAGGUAUGGUUACUGCUCCUGCUGACAAUUAAAGUGUUCUCAGUGACUGCUCAGUUCAAUGGAUACAACUGUGAUGCUAACCUCCAUAGCAGGUUUCCUGCUGAACGAGAUAUCAAUGUUUUCUGUGGAGUACAGACAAUUACUAUGAAGAUAAAUUUUUGCACAGUUCUUUUCUCCGGUUAUUCUGAGACAGAUCUGGCACUGAAUGGGAAGCAUGGGGAUGCCCACUGCAGGGGCUUCAUCAAUAACAACACCUUUCCAGCAGUGGUCAUUUUCAUCAUCAAUUUGAGUACUUUGGAAUCCUGUGGAAACACCUUAGUGGUAUCCUCAGCUCGAGGUAUCAAUGCUUAUGGAAAUACCUCAGUGGUACAGAUAGGUAAUGUCUCAGGAUAUAUUGAUACACCAGACCCUCCAACAAUUAUCAGCUAUUUGCCUGGGCUUCUGUACAAAUUUAGCUGUAGCUAUCCACUGGAGUACUUGGUGAACAAUACACAGCUUGCUUCGUCAUCAGCUGCUAUUUCUGUAAGAGAGAACAAUGGUACAUUUAUCAGCACUUUGAAUUUGUUGCUUUACAAUGAUUCAACCUACAGCCAGCAACUGCUUAUUCCAAGUACAGGUUUACCUUUGAAAACCAAAAUAUACGCAGCUGUAAGAGCAACCAACCUUGAUGGCAGGUGGAAUGUUUUGAUGGACUACUGUUACACCACGCCAUCUGGUAAUCCUAGUGAUGAACUUCGAUAUGAUCUCUUUUUGAGCUGUGACAAGGACCCGCAGACAACUAUCAUUGAAAAUGGCAAGAGCCAAAUGGGACGUUUCUCCUUCGAGGUGUUUCGCUUUGUGAAGCACAAGAACCAGAAGAUGUCUACAGUCUUUCUUCACUGUGUGACAAAGCUAUGCAGAGCAGAUGACUGUCCCUUUCUUGUGCCAAUUUGCAGUAACAGAGAAAGAAGAGAUGCUGGUGAGAGGACAACUUGGAGCCCUCAGAGCACCUCUGGCAAUGCUGUGAUCUCUGCUGGCCCCAUCAUUACGAGGAGUGAUGAGACACCAACCAACAACUCACAGCUUGCUCCCCCCAGCGGACCUCCUUUCCAGCUGAACGCAGUCACCAGUGCACUCAUUUCAGGCAUCGUCGUCCUAGGAAUCACAAGCAUUUUCUUUUUUGUAUGGUCUCUAACUCUUCUGCACAGAAAGUGGCCCAACACUUCAGUCUUGAGUGGCAUCCGAAACCCAGUUUUCAACUGA